AUGGCGCCUCUUGGCCGAAUUGUCUGGCAGCCAAAACUCAACCUCCUCAAACAGAGACGAGUGGAUUCAACAAAGAAUGCCAAGGAAAAAAUCUCCCUUGGCAAUACUGCAAGACUUGUGAAUUCCAUAUUCCAGAAAUUGAAUGUUCCGGCGCCUACUGGAUGGAACAUCAGUGGUGAAUUAUGUACCGGGUCGGCUGUUGACUCCACCACAGAUAUCCAAAGUUUGGAUGUGGGUAUUAAGUGUGAUUGCUCUCACAAUAAUGGUACUCUAUGCCAUAUCACGGGGCUUAGGCUUUUUAAAUUGGAUCGUAAUGGAUCUCUCCCAGUUGAGCUCUGGAACCUGACUUCACUCCAAACUUUAAAUUUGGAAAAGAAUUACUUUAGGGGUCCACUUCCUGCAGCCAUUUCGCAGCUAACUCGGUUACAGCAUUUGAACUUGAGCUUUAAUUCGUUAUCAGGUCAACUACCUAAGGAACUUGGCUUGCUAACAGACUUGAGAGUACUGUCAAUUGGCAUCAACAACUUCACUGGUUCUUUCCCAUCAGAGCUUGGGAAUUUAAUUAGGCUCACAGAAAUCAAUUUUGAUAGCGCGGGAAUUAGAGGUGUCAUACCUCCAAGUUUUGCCAGGUUACGAAAUCUCUCUACCAUACGGGGCUCUGAUAAUCAACUCACUGGUCAGAUACCCGACUUCAUAGGGAAAUGGUCGCUGCUCAGAGUCUUGAGGUUACAGGGUAACUCUUUUCAAGGCACCAUACCAUCUUCAUUUUCAAAUUUGACAUCCUUAACAGACUUGAGGAUAAGCGACCUAACCCAAGAAAAUGGGAGCUACUCUUUGGAGUUUAUUCGGAAUAUGAAGUCACUAAACACGCUAGUUUUGAGAAACAACAAUGCCUCUGGUAGCAUUCCUUCUUACAUAGGCGAGCUACAGAAUCUACAACAUCUGGAUUUGAGUUUCAAUAGUUUCAGUGGGCACAUACCCGAGUCUCUUUUCAACGUUGCUAAUCUCACGCAUAUAUCUCUCGGUAACAACAACUUAACUGGCUCCCUGCCUCAGCAAAAGAGUUCUCAUCUCCAGAAUAUAGACCUGUCGUAUAACGAAUUAUCAGGGAGCUUCCCUUCUUGGACCAAUGACCAAAACUUAAAGCUUAAUUUGGUGGCCAACAACUUUACCCUGUCAGAUUUAGGUAGCAGUAGUCUUCCCCCAGGAUUGUACUGUCUUCAAAGGAAUUUCCCUUGCUAUCGUGGAUCUCCAAUCUAUUCCAAUUUCUCAAUCAAAUGUGGCGGUCCAGCUCUGGUUUCUUCUGAUGGAAUUCAAUAUGAAGCAGACAACCAAACUAAUGGUCCAGCUACUUACUAUGUAACAAAGUCAAAAAGAUGGGCAGUUAGUAAUGCUGGUUUUCCUGUGGAUGAUUUCAAUCCCACUGUUGCUAAUGCUUCUCCAGGUCCUGAAAAGAAGAAUCAGCAUGGUUUGAUUGUUGGCAUUGUUGUUCCCAUCGUAACUGUAAGCUUUCUGUUAGCAUUUGCUGUGUUCUUUCUCAUAUGGAGAAGAAAAAGAGUUGAAAGAUGGCAGAUGGUUGAAGAGGAAGAAAUCUUGGGAAUGGAUGCCAGACCAUACGCAUUCAGUUAUGCGGAACUUAGAGCUGCGACAAAUGGCUUCAAUCCAUCUAAUAAACUUGGAGAGGGUGGAUUCGGUACUGUUUUCAAGUGUUUGCUGUUGGUGGUGGCUUUAGCUAGCUCAUUUUCAAGAUUGGCGGUUGGACAGAACCAAACCGAUCCCUUUGAAGCAAGACUUGUGAACUCAAUGUUCCAGAGAUUGGGUGUUCCAGCACCUACUAAGUGGAAUUUCAGUGGUGAAUUAUGCAGUGGGCUGGCCAUUGUUGGCUCCACAAACCUCCAGACCUUAAACCCGGGUAUUAAAUGUUACUGCGAUUACGGCAACACUUGCCACAUUACUGCACUUAGACUUUAUGAAAUGGACCUUGUGGGGUUACUUCCGCAUGAGCUAUGGAAUUUGACUUACCUUGAAGACUUAGACUUGAGACGAAAUUACUUUACAGGUUCAAUACCUUCAUCCAUUUCCCGGCUGACUCGUAUGCAAUAUUUGGCUUUCGGCCACAAUGCAUUAUCAGGGGAAAUUCCGAAGGAGCUUGGUAUGCUAACAGACUUGAGAUCAUUGGCAUUUGACACAAACAACUUCACUGGCUAUCUCCCUGCUGAGAUUGGGCAUUUAACUAGGCUCACACAAUUUUAUUUUUCCAGCUCUGGGAUUAGUGGUGUCCUACCGCCAAGUUUUGCAGGUUUACAAAGCCUUGACAGAUUCGACGGCUCUAAUACUCAACUCACCGGCCCAAUACCUGACUUCAUUGGGAAUUGGUCAUCACUCAGUGUCCUAAAUUUGCGGGACAACAAUAUUUCUGGUUCUAUCCCUUCCAAUAUUGGAGAUCUCAGGGAUCUACAACAGCUGGAUUUGAGCUCCAAUAGUUUGAGUGGAAGAAUACCAGACUCACUUUUCAAGAUACCUGCUCUCACACAUAUCAAACUGCCUCCCUCAUUGUUCUGUCUUCAAAGGAAUUUCCCUCGCUAUCGCGGCUCUCCACGCUAUUACAACUUCUCAAUUAAGUGUGGGGGUCCAGCUCUUAGGACUGCUGAUGGAAUUCUGUACGAAGCAGACAAUCAAGCUAGCGGCCCUGCAACUUAUUAUGUCGCAAAGUCAAGAAGAUGGGCAAUGAGCAGUGCUGUUCUUCCUGCAGAUGAUUUUGUCCCUACUGUUUCUAAUAUUCCUCCCUCAUCUAAGAAUAAUCGGGCUAGUUUGAUUGCGAGAAUAGUUGUUCCGGUUGGAACUGCAAUCUUUUUGUUCUUGUGUUACGUAUACUUUUUCAUCUGGCGAAAGAGAAGGCAGCCAAUGUCUGAGGAAGAAGAGUUAGUUGAAAUGGAUGCCAGACCAUAUACUUUCAGUUAUGCAGAACUUAUGUCGGCAACAGAUGGCUUCAACCCUGCUAAUAAACUUGGAGAGGGUGGAUUCGGUGCUGUUUUCAAGGGUGAGGAAACUGGUAGAUUGACAGCUACUUCUGGCCGAAAUUCUGGUGCUCUUUUCUGA